AUGGCGGACGGAUGGGACGCAGAAAGGGUGUUUAACUCGACAGUAUACGGCUUCACGUAUGACGACCUCAUACUAAUGCCUGGACAUAUUGGGUUUGGCGUGGAUGCUGUCGACCUGACUACGAGGCUAACGAGGGGCAUCACCCUACGCCUUCCACUAGUUUCCUCCCCUAUGGACACGGUUACCGAGCAUAGAAUGGCUAUUGGUGUGGCGCUUAUGGGGGGAAUUGGUAUUAUUCACAACAAUAUGGAAAUAGCACAGCAGGUUCAGCAAGUGCGGAAGACCAAGCGAUUCGAGAAUGGAUUUAUAACUGAGCCUUUUGUUUUGAAGCCAACGGACACGGUUCACGAUGUUGAUUGCAUCAAGAAGAAAUACGGGUAUAGUUCAGUGCCCAUCACAUCAACGGGGACCCUUGGAGGAAAACUUGUUGGAAUCGUGACGUCGAGAGAUAUUGACUUCAUUACGGACAGGCAUACCCCGCUUUCAGAAGUCAUGACAACGGACCUUAUUGUAGGUCACGAGCCACUUGACCUUGCUCAAGCCAACGAGAUUAUGAGGAAGUCGAAAAAGGGGAAGCUACCAAUUGUGAAUGCAAACUUCGAACUGGUCGCUCUAGUCUCUCGUAAUGAUCUGAAAAAGAAUAGGGAGUACCCGUUAGCAUCCAAGGACCAAAACAAGCAGCUUUUAGUGGGUGCAGCUCUUUCCACAAGGCCAGGAGAACUUGAAAGGGCAAAAGCGUUGCUAGAAGUUGGAGCUGAUGUCUUGGUCAUCGAUAGCAGCCAAGGUGAUUCUGUAUUUCAGGUGGAUCUCGUAAAACAGCUGAAGUCGGCUUACCCUAACACUCAGAUAAUUGGUGGAAACGUGGUUACGGCACGGCAGGCGAAGUCUCUUAUCGACGCUGGAGUCGACGCGUUGCGGGUUGGCAUGGGAAGCGGAUCAAUUUGUACUACUCAGGUCGUCUGCGCUGUGGGAAGAGCCCAGGCCACUGCUGUGUACCACGUCAGCAAGUAUGCAACGGAGUUGGCAAACAUCCCUUGCAUUGCAGACGGCGGAAUACAGAACUCAGGCCAUGUUGUCAAAGCUUUGGCCUUAGGUGCCAGCACUGUGAUGGUUGGAUCUCUCUUAGCAGCAACGGAAGAAGCACCAGGGGCUUACUACUUCCAUAACGGGGCUCGGGUGAAAAGUUACCGUGGCAUGGGGAGCAUAGAAGCUAUGCGCGCUGCAUCCGGGACCAGCCAGCAGCCUCCAACUGACGGCAGUGGUACCCCGACAUCCUCCACGUCGGGCGGUUCAGCGGCGCGGUACUUUGCAGAAGGUCAGAAGAUUCGGGUGGCCCAGGGGGUCACAGGCUGCCUGGUUGAUAAAGGCUCCAUUCGCAACCUUAUACCCUAUCUAAUGCAAGGGGUGAAACACGGAUUUCAGGAUGCAGGAGUUCCGAGCAUUCAGGAACUUCACGAUCAGCUGUACUCUGGCCAAGUCCGAUUUGACGUCCGAUCCGCCGCGGCACAGAGAGAGGGCAAUGUCCACAGCCUCAUGGUCCUGGAUGGAGCCGCCAAGAGCUAA